UGCGAUGAUCUCGUGUAAAAUCACCCAGCCGUGUGUCAUGUCUCGCAGCAUCGGACGUGGCCCAGAUUGCACGCGACAAUUUGAUCAUAAAUUACGUGCAAUAAAAAUGGCUCGGCACGCAGCGCACAUGCCGGGGUGCGUUGUGUGUGGCCAUCGGGACGGGGCUGAAUUACACGCACAUAACACUUAAAAUAAAAUCUCCGGCGCGUUUCAAAUUAGCAUCUCGCGGUCGUAAAGCAGCAACGCAGCAGCGGUGGCAGAGGAAAGGAGGCGGCGUCUCGGAGCAGGCGGGACCAAAGGGCGCGAGAGGGCGGAGGCCCGGCCCCCGCCCUGCCUAAUUAGCCUAAUUAGUCGGUCGGGCCGGGGGCCGAAGGGCGGCCCUGGCCGUCGGCCAGGUCGGCCGGUGGCGGCAGGGGCCGUCGGCGGGCGCUGGGGGCGGCAGGACCGGCGCGGGAAGGGCGCUCCCCACUCGGAGGGGGGCGCGAGAGGACGAGACCGCACAGGGAAAAUCUGAUAUUCGGCCGAAUUGCGUUCGUGCGGCCGGAUUGGACUAAACAAACGGGCCGCUCUUGUAAAUAAAAGUGGCGUCUCAGUUAGUUUUAAUAACUGACAAAGCGGCCGAGCGGGCGAGCGAUCGGCGUGCAAUUCGAGGCUGCGGCCGCCGCGAGUGUGUGUGCGUGUGUGAGUUUGUAUUAAACGCGGUGCGCGCGUGAAAGGGCGGAGGGGAUAUUUUACGUAAGCAGCCUUUCGUAAAACAUAAAUGUUUAUGAUGAUUUUAAAUAUUUAAAUUUUCGAAAUGAAGAGUGAACGUGAGUGUGCCACUAGUGCCUCAUUGUGCUUCCAACAAGCCAACUCUUUGCAUAACCUGCCCCCGCAGCAGCAGCAACAGCAACAGCCGCCUCCGCUGCUGCUGCCGCCUCCGCCGCCACCCCCGACGCAUGCACUGCUCCUGCAGCAUGCGUCCCAGCAGGGCGCCGCUUCCAAUGCCGCCCCCGUGGCCGAGCAGCCCUCGCAGACAGACGCCUCCAAAGGCGACGGAUCCAAUGGCGAAAACAGCGGGCUGAUGAGCAAAAAGUCCAACUCGGGCAUGCGUCGGCAGGAGAAGCCACCUUACUCAUACAUCGCGCUGAUCGUGAUGGCGAUCCAAAAUUCGCCGUCCAAGCGGAUGACCCUGAACGAAAUCUACCAGUUCCUUCAGCAGCGCUUCCCGUUCUUCCGGGGCUCAUACCAGGGUUGGAAGAACUCGGUGCGGCACAACCUGAGCCUGAACGAGUGCUUCAUCAAGCUGCCCAAGGGUCUGGGCCGGCCCGGCAAGGGCCACUACUGGACCAUCGACCCCGCCUCUGAGUACAUGUUCGAGGAGGGCUCGUUCCGUCGGCGGCCCCGCGGCUUCCGACGCAAGUGCCAAACCCUCAAGCCUCCGUACGCCUACUUCUCGAAUGCGGCGCCGAGCACGGCGCCGCCGCCCAUCCUCCCGCCCACCAGCACCGGCCAUUACGACCUGAUGCACCAACAGUCCAACCUGAUCAUGUCCCAACAGCAGCAGCAACAGCCUCAACAGCAGCAGCAGCCGCAGCCCUCGUUUCUCCAGGACUACCACUUGGGCAACUCAGGUGGCACGUGUUCGUACUCGAGCGCGCAAGGUUCGAUGCUGACGGGCAACUACCAGGGCGGCUCGAGCGACUACCUCGGCGUGGCCGAGCUGCACGCGUCGCACUACGCGCUCGAUGCGAAAGACUGGUCCUACGGGGCCCACAGCGCGGGCCCCCUGCCGUCCACCUCGUUCAUCAAGCCGUCGCUCACGCCGCCCUGCAACCCCAUCGGCUCGCAACUCAUGCCCCAGGAAUUCAACACCAACUUUGUGCCCUACUCCAUGUGCCCGCAGCCCACCGACUCAGGUUUAGCGAAAAACGGAGCAAAGAGUGACAAGAAACUGCAUUAUGCGCCAAAUUUAUCUCCCACGAGUGCUCUCAUGCAUCAGUCGCCGUACUACGAUCCAAAGUGAUUAAUUUUUUGUAUUAUUUAUGUCUCGAACUAUUUGCAAUGUUAUUUUAUAAUGAGAACGAAAAUGAUUUUAAUUUAGGCUCUUUUUGUAUGAAAAUAGAUCAUUCUUAUCGAAUACACAAUUUUAAAAUUAUUAAUUUACGAUUAUGAUUUUCGUAUUUUAUUUUUCAAAUACAGAGGUCCCCCUGCUUCCAUAUCUUACCUUCAGGAUUCAUAUUUCUUGUUGUUUCAGCCGAAUAUUUAUAAAUAUCAAUUCCUGAUGUUAUCAAGCGCGUAACAAUGCUUUCUUGCAAUUUCCGAUUUUUUUCUUUUUAAAUUAAACACGGAGAACAAAAUAUUAUUCUGAUGUCAAGGACGUCGCUGUGACAAAAUAUUUUGCUAUAUACACGCAGUUUCUUAUUUCUUACAAAGAAAAAAACCAGAAUUUUCAAUAUUUAACAAAAACAUUAACUCAAAGCAAUUUCAUUUCUCAAUAUGAAUCUGUAAUAAAAUAAUAACUAAUAAUACUCUAAAUUAAGGUUGUAAAUUCUUGCUUGUUUCAUCAUAGAAAUAGUGUGUUUAUUUUAAUAAAAGUCUGAAGCAAAAACUAUGGUGCUGAUAUUUUUGCAAAGCCAACAUUUUAUUAAUGCCAACCUAAAUAAAGUUUUUACAUCCAU